AUGUCAGGUAUAGAGAAGAAAAUAACUAACAUAGAUAUUAGAUGUAACUCUAGUGGAAAUAAGGAAAUAAGAGAGAACUAUUUACAAUACUGCAAUAUUAAUGAAGAUACCAUAUCUUUAAACCCAGAAAUUUGUAUAAUAUGUCGAAUAAAUAGAGGAAUUUACAAGUUUCGCUGUUGUAAUAAGAUAUUUUGUUCUUCAAAAUGUUUCAGCAAUCAUAACACAGAUGAAUGUAAGCAUAAUAAUCUUAAAGAUAUUAAUAGUAAUAAAAAAAAAUAUGUAGAUAAAGUUGAGAAACUGGAUUAUACAUCAAAAGACGAUAUAUUAACAGAGGAAGAUAAGAUAAGAAUAAGGAAUAAUUUAAAGAUCCGAGAUAUAUUGGAUAAGAACUGUUUCUUAUUAGAUAUUUUACAGACAAUUAAUGACUCCGGUGACCGUAUAUCAGCAUUAGCAAGUAUUUUAGAGAGAGCAAAAUCUCCUUCAGUUUGUUCAGAUAAAAAUAAUAUGAUAUUUAUGGAAUUUCUCGAUAUAUUAAUGCAUAGUCUUGGAGAUGAUCUUAUACAAUAUAAGGAUAUUUACAAGGUACUUAUCAAUGAUUGUAAAUAG